AUGCAAGUGUGCCACUCAUAUGCUAAUAUUAUUUCAACUUCUUCAUCUAAAGUGAACGCAGUAAACGGAAAUGGAAUCUCACCAUCACCGGACGUGCAGCGACUUCAAUUGCCAAAGAAGAUUUGCACGAUAAAUGACGACGUUACAUGUAUUUCUGAACCAGGCGAUACAACUGGCCUUGUGGACAUUUCAAAUGGCUCGGAUGAGGAAUCAUCGGCUCCAGAUAUUGAAUAUACGCCUGACCCACCACCUGCGUCAAAAUUUCAGGGUUUACAGAAAAUGAGCACGUGUGCCUCCCUUGACAGCAUGAUUCGGAACGUAGAUUUCAUCUCACCACGCACAAUGCAACGGAAUAUGGCCGAGCUGGAGUUUGAUUGGUUGGCUGCUGUGAUAGAGAGGAUAUUCUUGAUAGCAUUUCUAAUUAUAUUUAUGUUAACCGCAGUUGGUAUCAACUGCAUUGGUAUGUACUAUUGGUUUGCUGCACGGCAGCACAUUCAUUGA